AUGGCCCCCUCAGCUAUCACGGAGACCCUCUCAAGCACCUUGACCCUCAAAGGUGGAGAUAAGCCAGCAGAGACAAUCAAGCAUGACGCCACCGAAGGCAAGGAGAAGACUCCUUUAGAAGCCAUCUCGCACGGCAUGGUGAUGCCGGGUAUUCCCACAUUCCCAACCUACACAGCGCACAGGAGGCACAUCCUUGUGCACAUGUCUGCCACAUUCCGCUUCUUUGCGCGAUGCGGCUUCACCGAAGGACAGGCAGGACACAUCUCAGUGCGAGAUCCAGAGUUCCACGGCCUCAUGUGGAUGAACCCUCUAGGUCGACACUUCGGUAUGUUGACGGCAGGCGACAUGAUAUGUCUGGACAUCGCGACCGGCAAGGUCGUCGGCGGCAACACGUCCCGGCCCGCCAACGCCGCAGGUUACCUGAUCCACUCCGCCGUCCACAGGCGGCGUCCGAACGAUAUCCACGCCAUCUGCCACGCACACUCCAACGCAGGCCGGGCCUGGAGCGUAUUCGCUCGUCCCCUGGAAAUGCUGAACCAAGACGUAUGUAAUUUCUACGACGCGCACGCCGUGUACGCCCGGUACGGGGGCAUCGUGUUCGCGGCCGAGGAAGGGGACCACAUCGCGGCGGCGCUAGGCGACCGCAACAAAGGGGUCGUCCUCAUGAACCACGGGCUACUAACCGUCGGCUCGACCGUCGACGAGGCCGGCUUCCUCUUCGGCCUGCUGGACCGCGCCUGCGCCAUGCAGCUGCAGGUCGAGGCCGCCGCCGCCAACGGCAUCCCCAAGAACGUCAUCAGCGACGACGAGGCCGCCUACAACUUCAAGAUGGCGAGCGAGCCCAACGCCCUGUACCGCGAGGCCCAGCCCGACAUCGAGUACGAGCUCGAGGCCGCGGGCGGCGGCGACGACGCCCUGGCCAGGGGCUUCGAGAACUUGCGGGUGGCGCCGUAG